AUGAGUAAUGAAGUGAAAGGAUUACUAAUAGUUCAAUGCUACGCGGUCGGAAUUCAAGGAGAAAAGCCUUGGACCGAACGUAAAGAUACACUCCUUAGGGCCAUGCUGAAGAGUAAGUCUGAGAUACCAACAUUUAUUACACUUCAAGAAGUACUUGUUAAACAACUUAACGAUAUUAAAUAUGGUCUUAAUGGUAAUGAAAAUUCAUAUCCUUGGACUCAUUUUGGAACUGGUCGAGACGAUGGUGCAAAUGGUGGUGAGUUCUCACCAAUUAUUUACAAUGCCGAAGAUUGGAAGUUGCAAAGCGGAACUCAAAAAUGGUUAAGUCUCACUCCAGAUAUACCCUCCGCCCAUCCUACUACAACCUAUAAAAGGAUUGUCACGAUGUGUACAUUCACCCACAAACAAACUGGUGCUGGGAUUAAUGUAGUCAAUACACAUUACGAUCACAUAUCCAAUGAAGCAAGAAAUUAUGGUUCCGAAUUAAUUGUCAAGUAUGUUAGCGAAUUCGUAAAUAAUUAUCCUACAGUUGUUACCGGUGAUCUUAAUUCUGCUAGGACUGGUUCUUCAUAUAAGAUACUUGCUAAUGCAUUUGCUGAUACCUAUAAUAUUGCAAGCGUGAAGGUCAAUGAAAAUUUGCCAACAUUUUCUGGGUUUUCUGGAAAAGAAGGAGAUACCAUAGAUUUUAUCUUUGCAAGUAGAGGUAUUAUUGGUGCCUCAAAACACGAAGUUGUGGAUAAUUUGAUGGAUAAUGGCCUUAGAUUCAGUGACCAUAGACCGGUAGUUGCAGAUUUUAGUAUUUAA